GCCUGCAUUUUUGUUCCUUUAUUCUUCUCUCCAGGAUUUGGAAUGCUUUGACUGAUAAUUAUGGUAACGUAAUGCCUGUUGACUGGAAAUCUUCCCACACGAGAGCUUUGCACUUGCCAACACUGAAUCUUUCAGAAAAAGGAGUAAAUGAUAACCUGAACCUUGACCUGUCAGACGAUGAAGAGCUGAGAGAACAGUUGGAUAUGCAUUCCAUCAUUGUUUCCUGCAUCAAUGACGAACCGCUCAAAAAACAGGUGAUUGAAGAAAUAGAGGAAAUGAUGCAAGAAUCACCUGAUCCAGAAGACGAUGAAACACCCACCCAAUCAGAUCGACUUUCCAUACUUUCUCAGGAAAUUCAGACACUCAAGAGAUCCAGUACGAACAACAGCUAUGAAGAGA